ACUCGUACUGGCAGUUGUUCAUUCAGGACAGUUUAAGGCAGUAACAAUUUGUAUGCAAUACUGCUAUUAACUGCAUAAAAGUUUACCAGUGUGUGCAAGGGACAGUGGUGAGCCUCACAUACUAAAGUAACCAGAAGUAGUGGGACGAUGUCUGUGCCAUUCUCGAACACCCACUUGCGGGUUCCCCGCGGGUUUGGAAGCAUUCUGGAACUUCUGGCUAAAGAGGUUCUGCGAGACCAGCCACAAGACAUCCCAACCUUCGCUGCCCUGUACUUCGAAGCUCUUCUCAAAGAAAGAGAAGAGAGUGGCAUGGACCCUGCAGAGUGGGCUGCCAAACUUGAAGACAGAUUCUACAACAACCAUUCAUUCAAGUCUUCAAGGGGCCUCAGUCCAACCAAAGUCCCAGCUGCUGCCUCCCUGAACAGUGUCAGCUCAGAGGAGAAGAUAGAGUUAUCUGAAGCCAAGAACAGUCCUGCUAUGGGUGGGGAGAGUUCCGAGCUGUCGGAGAGUGAAGGUUCAGACGAGAAGGAGGACGCCACAAACAAAGACCUCAUCCCCGCCAGUCCGGCUCUCUCCCAAGAUGGAGCAGGCCGAGGCCUCCCGGACACAGCCGACUUCUCUGACGAGGGUAGAGGGUGGACGGAGGAAGGAGAGGAGGAAUUAGCGGACACUGACCAAGGACGUGCCACUGACGGAGAUGGAGGCCAGUCUGAGCCUGAACCCUACGAGCCGGCCUCCUUUGGCAGGGCUGCAGAAGGGGACGAGGGCUCUGGAGGACUGAGGACGACGGAAGAGGGAGGAGAAGAACCCGAGUUAGGAUGGCAGGAGGCCAUGUCUGAGGAGGAGGAGGAGGAAGAGUGGGCGGAGCUUCACGGGCAGGCCUCGAUCCCUGGGCUGGCUGGGGUGGACGUCUGUGCUGAGGAGCUUGGAGAGGCAGCAGGACAACCUGCAGGAGCCGCUGGGGAGCGUGGCUUCAGUCAAGACCUGAAGGAUGAAGAAGAGAUCUUUGCGGCCCAUGACAGCUCAGAACCUUCCUCCCCUGAAGCCAGCCUACAGGAAGUGAUGCAUCACUCAGAGAAAGUGCUGGAGGAGGAACAAGGAGAAACCCAAACAGACUCACGGGAAACACUUGAAAGUGUGCCCACUGCUGUUGAUAUUCAUCAGCACCAACCUGAAGCUGCAGGCAAAGAUGCAAAGAGAUCGGCCCAGGCCAGUCCAGAGGAGGGCUCUGAGGUCUGUGACGAGAACCAGACCCUGGAGGAAGGUCUGGGGCAGGUCCAGGCUCCCGAGGAUGUCACUGAGGAGGACACCACUGGACCUCAUCAGCCGGCAGCACCAAACCAGGGUGACGGGCACGUCCAGAGCCAGGAUGAGGCGAUGGAGCCCAGCGCUGAGACAGAGCCUGCAGAGGAGCACCCUGUCCAGGCUGGGGCUGUAGAGACGGCCAGUCCUCACGAUGCUGCCCACUCAGGCAUCGAGAAAGACACGGACAAUGACAGGGAUCGCCGCGACGACGAGGGGAAGGGCGAUGGGAUGAAGGCGGAUGAGAGCGCGCAUCUUCAGUAUAGCAAUGAGACGGCGGGGAAGGAAGAGGGUGGGGCCGACGAGCACGACGAAGGGAGAUCAAAGAGUACCGGGGAGUUGGAAGCCCACCACACCCCCACAGCAGCAGCAGGGACAGAGAGGACACCGGAGGGAGACUGGGAAGAUACACCCAGGGGCGGGCAGGAUGUGGAGAGGAGGGGGACAGAUGUGUCCCAUCCUUUAGAUGUCUCAGAAAAGGAGGAGGAAACUACCGACGAAGCAGAAGGGGAGGUGGAGGAGGAGAAGGCGUGUGAGGAGGGGGACGAAAAGGAAAUGGGUGCACAGGAAACAACUGGAUUGGACCUGAGCGGGACUGAGGAUGAAGCAGGG